UUCCGUCAAAUCCGGCCGAAUAUUGGUCUCUCGGUUGCCUUAUCUUCUCCUCCUUCGAUAGUUGCCACGACAAGGCAUCAUCGCAUGUGCAGUGCUGCUUCAAUCUGUUCUUUCCGUCGCUGAGUGUCUGUGCCCGAUAAGCUCCCUACCCCAAUUCUGGGAUCUACGUAAUUUCUGCGACCGCCUAAAGCAGCUCGUCUCGUCAGCAGCACAACCAGCCAACCCUCCAAGUCGAGAAAAGGCCAAGCAGCAUCUUCGCCGACGCGUGGGUAACGCACGAUCAAACGCGAUUCCAUCCAGUGAUUAUUGCGCAAGAGCACACGCCGGGGCCGGGAGCCUUUAUCUGCAAGCAUGUCCGUUCGACAGACCCGACGUCAAGCAGCACUGGCUGCUGCGAAUGACACCCAGACCAAACCAACAUCAGAUCUUCUUACCAACGCCAACAGCAACGGCAAUGGUAAUAGCAACGGUGCUGCCGAGGCGCCCCAGUCGGUCCUCGACGACGACGCCAGCCCACCUUCAGAAAACAUAUUCCUUUUCUGGCCCAAUCUCAUAGGCUACUCGCGAAUUGUGCUCGCAAUCGCUUCCCUUUACUAUAUGCCCUUGCACCCGAGGACUUGUUCUGUGCUCUACAGCGUGUCCUGCCUACUCGAUGCCCUCGACGGCUAUGCGGCAAGGUACUUCGAACAGUCGACGAAAUUCGGCGCGGUGCUUGAUAUGGUGACGGACCGAUGCACAACAUCGUGUCUGAUUGUGUUCCUGUCAUCCGCCUUUCCACGGUGGUCCAUCGUGUUCCAGAGUCUGAUCUCACUGGAUCUGGCGAGUCACUACAUGCACAUGUACGCGACCUUGUCCAUGGGUGGCGCUGAUUCGAGUCAUAAGAAGGUGGAUAAGUCUAGGAGUUGGUUGUUGAGCCUCUACUACACCAACAAGACAGUCCUCUUCCUCAUCUGCGCCCUGAACGAAGUCUUCUUCAUUGGUCUCUAUCUGCUCUCCUUUUCCUCGCCUCUGCUGUCACCACAGCUCCUGUCCACGGUCGGCGCGUCCAAGGCCGCGGCUAUUCAGAGCGGUGCUCAGGUUAAUAGCUCGAUGCUCCGCCAACUGUUCACGAAUCCUUACAGCGCCGGCGCCCUCGAGCUCGCGCGCGCAAACAAGAUGGACUCGUUCUGGCCGUGGGUCAUCACCGGUGUCAGCUUCCCUGUCAUGGCAGCGAAGCAGAUUCUCAACGUGAUCCAGAUGGUCAAGGCCAGCAAGUGGAUCGCCGAGGGUGAUGUGGCAGCUCGCAGGGCUGCAGGCUUGCCUAAGCGGAGCAAGAGCAAGAAGACGGCGUAAGAUCGAGUCAGGGAGACGAGAUGAUGUGUGGGCUUGGCUAAGUCCUGAUGGCAGGUGAUGGCCACUUCAUGACCAUAGGCCGUGCGGAGGGUGUAGAAGUUGUACGAGAAUGGACGACACAUCUUGUGGCGCGGUUCGCGUCAUUGAGAUUUGCAUGGGACCGGCGUAGUAGGAUUAGCAGACAUCGAUAUGGAGUUUCGUACGGAAUCUGUUACUGGCAAUGGGUUUUAGACGCUGCUUCGCUGGCUGACUAUGCCUGACGAUGUAUGGUCGUGCCACCACGUUCGAGGCGGAGGCUUUCUGUUCGCUGUAUAUAUUGUAAUGCUGCCUUCUUGCAUGCACUGAGCAUACGAAUAGUUCAGAAUAGGUCAAGGUUUUCCUG